AUGUGCACAAAUUUACAAAUUGCGUUCUCCUGCGGCUGUCAGAAGGAGAUGGACUUUAUUCAGUUCAUCCACAUAAACCGCCGCGCCCACGAACCCGUCCGCAGCACUAUAACCCAACCCCUCAAAGCACCCUCCACAAGCCUAGGCCAGCUAGAUGUCCUACAUCUAGAACUCAUCCACGAAAUCUGUCUCUACCUCGACAUCGAAUCCCUCAUUCGAUUCCGCCAAGUCAGCCGCCGCGCCCAACAAAGCGUCAGCACUAGCCGCUUCUACCGGGAGACAACAACACACGCACUCGACGCAUUCUGCGCACUUUUGAGAACCAAAGUAGCAAACCAAUUCACCCUUACCGAGCUGUUCACUGCGCUCUGUACGCGCGACUGUCUCCUCUGCGGCAGCUCAUUCGGAGGCUUCCUCUUCCUCCCGACCCUCCUCCGCUGCUGCUUUUCAUGUAUCCAGAAGGAUCGCCUGCCCCGGCUCGUGCCUUACGCUGAUGCGAAAUGGUUUAUUUCGUCGAAGUGUAAGACAGCUUCGAAGACAUAUAGCUUACUCAAGUCUCUUCCGAUUCUUCGGACCAUCCCGGGAAUCUACUCCAUGCAGGAGGUAUCGAGCAAGGGAAGGAGACAACUAGUGACUAUGGACGAUCUUAUCCGGGUAGUUGGGUCUAAGCCUACUAGUGAUGAAGAAGCUACUUGGACUGCAGCUAAAUCAUAUUCCAACUUGCCAUUCAUGGCGACGACUACCUUACCUUAUCUUGAUCGGGCUAGUGGGCGCAUCGAGCACGGUGUUUGCUGCACUGGGUGUCAGGUUUCCCUGGAAGAAGGUCUUACAAAGGGAAUGCGCUUUGGGGCUGAUGGCUUGGUCUUGCGUGAUAGGGUUUAUUCGCAUGAGGGUUUGAUAGAGCAUUUUAGAGAGUGUCUGAAGGCGCAGGAGGUGUGGAAGUUGCGGAAAAUGGGGACAUCUGUUGCGAAGGUUUCGGAGUUUGUGCGCCGCAGAGGGUACUUUAAGGAGAGGGACGUCGUUAUGUCGUUUGAUCGGGCCAAGUGA